AUGCUAACUCAAAGCGAAGGGUUCAUCGAGGCACGAAGACCGCUGAUAUGGCUGCUGGCCCCCAUUGAUGCCCCUGGCAAAGGUCGCACCCAGCCCAUCACUCGAGCUACCGCUGUCCAGCUAGCAACACCUCCGACGUCUACCGACCGCACCCUAUGGCUCUACGAGCUUUGCCGAUUCUUGAUUUCGCAAUGCAACAGCCUUAUUCCAGAAAAGCCUAGUCAGCUCGAGCCCAAUACCGAAACGCAAGUUUCUGCGGGAGGGCCGGCACCCUCUAUGAACUUCACGCGCAAUCAAACCACCCAAAACCUUGAAGAUCUACAAUCUACCGAGGAUGACAGCGGCGUUGGCAGAACGAACACCAGGCGCCACAUCCGGAGUAGCCCAUCGACUGGGAGUGCUGUUACCACUGUAGUCGAAGCAGAUGAGGAUGAAGGUGCGGAGCUUGCGGCAAAAACACGGGCGAUGCACAUUUCUUCAACCACCCCCGUGGAGCUACUCCUGGAGGAGGAGCCUGAUGCCGAGGAGGUUCCGGUUAUCGUCGAGGACUCCGUGAUGCAAGAAUCCACCCAGGACAUAGAGGCUAAACUAGAGGAGGCUGAAAAAGGUGCGGAGAAGCCUAUUGCCGCAGAAACCGCUGAACCCGCGCUGCUUGGUACUAAGCCUGCCUCUGAGGGAACCCAGGAACCAACAUCGUCCCACGCGCCCCAGGUUGAAGAGGUGGUCAAUUCGCCGAGCACCGCAAGCGGUGAACAAGCCUUUUCGGCAAAGGAAAAUGUCUCUACAGAGACCGCCGAAGAAGACAGUGCUUCGGUAGAUUCCGCUGCCCCGACGGAGGACGCCAAGCCCGCCGAUGGACAAGAAGCGUCGACCACUGGCCCGGAUUCCGAAACUGGUAUCUCUGCUCCUCCUGAAGAGUCUCCAACGGCAGCAGAAGAAGGACCGACUCCUACCGAGACUGGAGUUGAUGUACCUGAAGGCGCCGAUCAGAAGCCAGCAGAGAAAAAGACUGCGUGA